AUGUCGCCGUCGAUAUCUACAGACCUUAAUGACGACGCUUCGCUACCAUCUUCUAGCCCACAACAGCUGCCAAAACUCACCUCCUAUAAUAUAGAACAUCCGGCAGUGACCGCCACCAAGCCCACAAUAAUAGCAGCCUCGACCAAGAACUCAACUGCCAUCCGACACAAUGUUGAUAAGACGUCGCUCCACUACGUGACGUUGACAGCCCUUGCUGGAGGCAUCGCCGGGUGCAGUGCCAAAUCAUUGAUCGCCCCUCUUGACCGGAUCAAGAUCUUGUUCCAGACAUCCAACCCCGAGUUUAAAGAAUUCUCAUCGUCGUACUUUGGGCUCUCCAAGGCUGCCAAAAAGAUCUUCCACAACGAUGGGUUUGUGGGGUUUUUCCAAGGCCAUUCGGUCACGCUUAUUCGUAUCUUCCCUUAUGCCGCGAUCAAGUUUGUUGCCUACGAGCAGAUCAGAAACUUGUUGAUCCCCAGCGACGUUUACGAGACCAAUGGUAGAAGAUUACUAGCAGGGUCCAUCAGCGGGAUCAUAUCGGUGUUUUGUACCUACCCCUUGGAUUUACUUAGGGUCAGAAUGGCAUUCGACACAAAGUAUCGCGACCAACACCCCCAAAAAAGAAUAAUGAAUGGCAGGUUACUAAACACUUUUGCCUCGAUUAUCAACGAGCCUACCAAAUAUCAAUCUUCCAAAAUAGCAACAAUAUCAUCGUCCAAAUUAUACCACAAGCUUUUGGGGACCACAAAUUUCUAUAGAGGGUUUUCCCCAACUAUCAUCGGAAUGAUCCCUUAUGCCGGGGUAUCUUUUUGGACCCACGAUUUUGUCCAUGACAUUUUCCGAUCAAAGAUCUUAUCGAAGUUCACGGUCGACUAUUCCAAUUGUUCUACAAAUAACACAAUGCAGAAGGAAUCUCACGACCAUAGACCGCCUUUGAAAGCAUGGGCCCAACUUAUAGCAGGUGGGGUGGCAGGGCUAGUAUCGCAGACCGCAUCGUAUCCAUUCGAAGUGAUCCGUAGAAGAUUACAGGUUGGUGCGGUUACCAAUGAUGGUAAAUAUUAUUCGAUGGUUCAAAUGGCCAAAAUCAUUCACGGCGAACGAGGCCUCAAAGGGUUUUACGUUGGGUUAAGUAUUGGAUACAUUAAGGUGAUUCCAAUGGUUGCCUGCUCCUUCUUUGUUUAUGAAAGAAUGAAAUAUUUCUUGGGAAUUUAA